ACAAAGAUCCAGUUGCCAUGGUAAUAAUGCUUGUCAUUGUUUGUAUUUAUGCAUUUUUUCAUAAUUUUCAGUUUUUAUUAGUAACUUGAUUAACGUGAUUGAGUUGUGCCCCUGUGGUCUGGUCAAUAUGAAUAGUUCAAAGGAAGACCUGCUUGAAAUGACCUCACCAACCAGGAAACUGCCUCGUUUAAAACUGCGGAAUCGCAACCAGGUUCAUUCUCCUCCUCACGCGUCACCGUCAAGCGGUUCGGUGAGGAGCGAUCAAGAACUGACGUCGGUUUUUUCCAUAAAAUCGAGAACUGCGAUAAAAACUGGUUGGAGUGAUGAUACUGAGGACACCUCGGAAAUAUCCGAGGACAUUGUUUCCGAAAGUUCAAAUGGUGGGAGGAGGAGUUUGUUGGGUGGAAAAAAUAAGUUUGUUAAGACAACAGAGAAAAUUAACAAACUGAAAAAAUCUCUGGAUAUACUGAGGAGAGAGAGCACCUUAGUGGAUGAGAGAGUAAAAUCUCUGAGGGAGAAACUCAAAACUCAGGAAGCGCAAGCUGAAAACAAGGAGUUUUCUUUUGUGAAUUUUGAAACUCAUAGGGAAGAGAGCAUUGAAUCAAACAGCUUGGAAUUAAUUAAGACCUACUUACCGCAAAACCUUCAGUUGGAGGUAAAAUUGUGUGAAAACGACCAUAUGAAUUUUCAAAAAUAUACCACCUUACAGCUGGAUCAUCUCCUCCCUAACCCAGUAAAGCUUUCUUCAAUAAAACCAAAACAUCACACUUUUCCUGGCCAGUGCAGCACGCACGUUCAGCCUCACCCUCCUUACAGCAACCUAACCGAAAUCCUCGUAAUAAAUCAAAACAUUUUAGAACUCUCCUUACUAAAAGUCAAAUUUUUACAUCACCCCUUGUUUAGUUUGGAGCACGUGCUCGUGAGGAAACUCACAGAAUUAUGUGACAAGUACAGGGAGAAUGACAAUAAAUAUUCUGUGAGGGACGUUCUUGAGGAAGUAAAAGGUUUGAAGGGUUUAGGAGACGCUGACUCGAGCGAUCAAAGUGAGGUCACGUGGAAAGAUGUGAGGAAAAGGAGAGAGAGGUUGAUUAGAGAGGCUCGGGAACAGAGAGAGAGGUGUAGAAAUGUGUUGAGUAUUUGGAAAGCCAUUAAAAAAUUAAGGUCGCAUCAAGGGUUUUCCAACACAAAUGUGAGACUGAUCAUUAAAAAGCAACUGGUGGAUCUCUCCGUGGAAAAGGAGCAGUAUGACGUGCUAUUUAAGGAGCUGAUGGGUCAAAUAAUCGAGCAACAGAGAGUGAGUUUAAACAAGAAGUUAAGCAGAGAUUCAGACUCGGAAAAGCCUACUUUAACAAUCGACACGACGAAAAUUGAAAGUGACUUAAAGAAGAAGUUGGAGAGAAGUUUGAAGCCUCCAGGUGAACCGACGCUGCAUUUCCAAUUAAAACGCGACCAUCCAAUAACUACGGAUCCGAACAACGCGAGCGAAAGAGACAGAAGAAACGUGGUGACAUCGACAAAGUUCACCGCCAAGAUCGUUUGCCACGAUUUAACAGUUUGCAAGGUCAAACCCGCCCUUCUGGAUGACGAUUUCAACUUGGACUUGAACGAAACGAUUUCCAUACAACUUCUGAACGUUCCGAAAUGCUUAUUUGUGGAACUUUACGAGCAUCCUAAGGGCCUCCUUAAGAAGAAAAUCGCGGAGCUAAAAAUCGAAAUCCCCUAUCCAGAAACGGUUUAUGAACAGUCCGAAAUGUUAGAGCAAACGUUCCAGAGGAGGGAUAUCGUCCAUUACAAGCAUAGUGGUGUAGGUAGCGCGGAAAGCCUCCAAAAAAUCACCGAUUUUGAGUUUACCGAGUUAAAUAUGGAACUGUUUGAGGAGCUCACCACCACGGUCGUUUUGAGUUAUAGAAUUGGCUGGAGGAGCUCCUCGGCUCGUAAGAUCAGCGUGGACCUUCCUCAAAGGGAGCAUAUAAGGAGGGUCAUGGAUAAAUAUGGAAAGUUGGAUCAGAGGGUGAUUAGGAACAUCAUUAAAGAUAAAAAUGCUCAUUUGAACCUUGAUCCUUUUGUUGAUUGGCUGGAAAACAACCUCAAUAAGGACUACUUCAGGAUCCAGCCUAAGCCUUUUUGCAAAAUCUCGGAUAUAGAAACGAACUUAAGAUUUCAAUAUUUAAAGUUACGCGACCAGAGGGAAAUCGAGUUCGAUGGUGUGUUAGUACCCAACCGAGUGAGGCAGAUCGAUUUCGGUCUAAUCAAGGACUUUAAGAUGAGGAAGGCGCGUGAGGGUACAUUUGAAGAUUUACGCGAGGACGUUGACCCGGAAACUUUAAGGGAAAACGGGCAGAGGCGACUUAAGCAAAUACAAACGAAGAUUUUCCAAAAGUGUAAAGGGAUGAGCGACAAUUUGAGUUACGAGAGUGUCGUGGAUGAGAAACUUCUCAUUUAUUUUGAGGACCUAAUUAAAAUAAGCGUAAAAAACUUCCUGAACUGGUUCAGAUGGCGACCGAAAAUCAGCAACCCUUUGCCGACCAUCAGCGCCAAUAGUAAACCAUCACAGGUGCCGCGCUCCAAUAAAAUUCAAAUUCAAAUUUUGGCGGGCAAAAACGUACCGCAAAGAAAACCGGUAAACGAGGACAGAGACGAGUUGGACCUGGUGCAACCCUUUUUGGAGAUUUGCUUUGAACACUCCGUAUAUAAAAGUGGGGUGGCUUUCGGGAGGGAUCCCGUAUGGAAUGAAACCAUUGAAAUACCUUUGGGGUGGGACCAAAUGGAUUAUUUGAAUUCUAACUCAAUGUGCGGAUGUAUCUGUGUAGAUCUGUUUGAUGAGCUUCACCCUAAUGAGAAAUUUUACCUUGGGGCGGUUAGAAUUCCUCUAAGCGCUUUGGGGACCGAAUCAAACUUGCACGGGUGGUUUAAGGUUAAAAGGCCGAUAGCUUUAUUGGGUUAUGACCCAGAAACUGAAUAUGACCCCCUUAAGUCUCCUGCUAAGAACUGGCAAAGGUCCAUGGAUGAAAUUUACUUAGAAAUGGAUAUAAGUCUUUGCUACAGUGUUCCCUUGUUAAUACCAAACAUGGCUGAACUUCCCUCCAACGACCCUCCUUACAUAAAAGAGCACAUUUUAAAGUGGAACGACCUAUUUAACUCCAGUUUCAUUACCAAAAAGUUCCAGGCUCUGGCAAUAGAUUCUAGUGGCAGAACCAACUGUAUUACCAAGUUUUUGAGGCCCCUAGAGCCCCCCAGCUUCACGAACGAUGACUUUGGCAACCUCGAUGUUACACCGGAAAGGUGCUUAAGAUAUGUGUCCCUGAUACCUUUUAGCAAAAAUAGUCAAUUUUUGCAAAAUAUAUGGCUCAAAACUGAUGAAAUGUUGAGUCUCAUGGUGGGCUCUGUCGUGGACCACUGUGUGGCCCUGGUAUGCUUCCUUUUGGCCCUAAACAUCGACGCCUAUUUAGUAUUAGGUUUUGGGUUGCCCAAUGGACCUUCCAGCUACGUCCUCUAUGCAGACUUUCCAACUUACAUCAUCUUAGAUGUGGUGACUAACCAAAAGUUUGACAUUCUAGACCCUUUUUGUCCUUUACAACGAAUUUACUGUUUAGCAAACGGGGAGAACGUUUGGGGUAAUGCUCAACGGAGCCCCACUAUUGCUCUACUAAGGUUCGAUUUAAACAGGAAAUCGAACUGGUGGCCCCUGUUUAAUAACACAAUAACGGCCCCGAGUAAUUAUUUAAAUCAGAAAAUCAGUUUUUCCUUGGGAAAGUUUGAGGAAAUCGAGGCGGUCCUAGAGAGGAACAUUAAAAGGAAAUUUCAGAAGUGGAGACCCACGGAGCGAACUAACUUCAAUCCCGGGGUGUCUGAAGGCAUUAAACACACUUUAAGGUACUUGGAAAUGUACUCGUUACAUGUGAAAAAGAUUGGAGAUAUUAUGCUGGAAGUAGGAAAGGUUUUGGAGCCGUAUGAGGUUAAUGGUACUAUAAUAAACAUCCCAUUAACGACCACCCGGGACGUACUGAAGCAAAUAAAGAAACUAAACAUUCAUAACAUGAAGGGAACAAUUGACUUUGGCCUCUCGGUUUUUGUGCAAGUUUAUCCGGGGCAAGUUGCCUCUGUUUGGGUGUUUCUUUCAACUCUAGCCGAUAAAGUGAAUGUGUAGCUAAGCGAUUUAUGAAAUGUAUAAUUUUUUUCAAUGUAGUUUAUAGAGAAAUGUUUUCUGAA